UUGUAAACGGUCACGUUCACCGACGCUUUAUUCUCUAUUAUCAUGCUCUUUUUGUCAAGCCAUUCGUAACAAGCAUGUUCGUUCGACAGGCUUGCCAAAAAAUGUAUUUUGACAUCACGACACUUCUCUAUCUUAUUCAUUUGAUAUUCAUCAUUUUUUGUAAACACCGACUGCGUUCACCGUAGCUGUCCACGUGUUCAUUUAUUUUGCAGUUUCAUUAUCUCUUUCUAAUUCACUCUAUAGCGUCUUCGUUCCAAUGUGGGUUAUCUACAGGUGAGGAGGAAGGAAACUAGUCGACUCUUUCAUUCUCACGGUGUUCUUAUGAAGCAGCAGAUGUGACGUCACGUCUGUUGCUGCAUAAGAAACCGCGAGGACGAAAAAGUCGAUUAUUUUCCGUCUUCCUCAACUCUUAGUACCACACAUCGUCUUCGUUCAACGUUGUAAGAAAAGAACACGUCUACGUUUUCUAUGGUUAUCGUUGUUUUGCUAUUCUACAGUCGUGAAAAAGUUCUUAGUGUUGUUGUCGACCAAUUUUUACUGUUUCAAGUUAAGAUUUUAAAACAGAUCCUAAACUUUUCAAUCGCAAUGGACGUAUCAGCAUCAUCGAUCGAAAAAAAGAAAUACAGAGAGAUCCUAGCGGAAGGCUGCAUUUCCACGGAAGACGGAUUUGUAUUGUGUGCCAUCGAUGCUGCCAACAGUUGCAAAUACCGACAGAAAGCUGAAAAAUUUGAUGCCGGAAAUUUUAUCCGACAUCUUCGUACAGAACACACCAUUCUGGCCAAAUCACGUGGACUACUUAAAGAUGAGGCGGAAGUACCAUCCAAGAGAAAGAAGGCAUCAAAAAAAAUGAUUGCCAUCGACAGGCAAACAUUUGUCGAAGCAAUAUUGAAACUGGUGACCGUCCAUCACGUUCCCCUGCACUGUGUCGAAUGGGAAGGGUUUCAACUGCUCUUGAAACCCAUUGGUGAAGCACUAAAUAUGUGCAUGAAUCGCCCUAACGUUCUCAGACAUCUAACAGUUGCUGCCACAAAGAUCCGAUCCGCGAUUAGAAGUCUGGUGAACGGAAAGCUUAUAUGUCUAAAAAUCGACAGUGCUUCUCGACAUGGACGACACAUCCUGGGUGUCAACAUCCAAUUUUUUGACCCAGAGCAGCAGCAGGUAGUGAUUCUGACCGUCGGUAAGUGA